AUGAGUAAAUUAAGUUUAAUUGUAUUUGCAGUGAUUUUGAAUUGUUCGCUGUUUGUUGCAGCUGAAGAUCUUAAAGUAGUCUGUUAUUAUGGCACAUGGGCGACUUACAGACACUCAAAUGGUCAAUUCAAUGUUGAACACAUAGACCCAUUUAUCUGCACCCAUUACAUUUACACAUUUGUUGGAUUGAGUGAAAAUUCAGAAAUUAAACUAUUGGAUCCAUAUUUGGAUCUGGCUGAUGAUUAUGGAAGAGAUAAUAUUGGUAAAUUCAUCAAGCUGAGGGAUAGAAACCCAAGAGCAAAGUUCAUUGUAGCCAUUGGAGGAUGGAACGAAGGUUCUGUUAAAUACUCUAAGAUGUCAAAUGACCCCAAACUCCGUGCCAAAUUCGUGAAGAGUGCUGUCGAUUUCGUCCUAAAAUACAAAUUCGAUGGUUUGGACGUAGAUUGGGAAUACCCAGCUCAAAGAGAAGGCAGUGAAAGUGACAAAGAAUCUUACACCUUAUUGCUUAAAGAAUUGAGGGCUGAAUUUGACAAAUAUGGAUUAUCUCUGUCAGCCGCUGUUGCAUCAGCUCAAUUUUCUGCAGCUUUGUCUUAUGAUAUUCCACAAAUUCAGAAAUAUUUGGACUUCAUCAACAUCAUGGCCUACGAUUUGCACGGACCAUGGGAAAAUGUUAUCGGUCUGAACGCACCAAUGCGCGCAUUGCCAACUGACAAUCCACAUGAACCAGAUCAACUUACUGUAGAAGCAUCAUUAUCUUACUGGUUAAAGAGCGGAGCCGAUCCCAAAAAAUUGGUGUUAGGUAUGCCACUUUACGGACACACUUUCCAAUUGGCCAACCCCAAAAACAUCACCAUUGGAUCAGCAUCUUAUGGAGCAGGUUUAGGAGGUCCUUACACAGGACAACCUGGAUUUAUGGGAUACAACGAGUUCUGUGAAAUUCAAAUGGGCAACGAUAGAUGGACAGAAUACUGGCAAGAUGAACAAUUGGCUCCAUUUGCAGUCAAAGGAAGCCAAUGGUUUGGAUAUGAUGAUUUGCGCAGUAUCUCUAUUAAGACUCAAUACGCCGUCGACCAAGGAUUAGCAGGAGCCAUGGUAUGGAGUAUCGAAACCGAUGAUUUCUUAGGAUUGUGCCAUGGAGAAAAAUACCCAAUGUUAAAAAUGAUCAACAGGGUUUUACACGGACAUGAGGUCACUUACCCUCCAACAGCCCCACCACCCACUACACCCACUGCUGGCACCGGACCAACUGAGCCUCCACCAGAGACAACUACUGAAAUUUCCCCAAUUGUCUGCGAAGCCAAAGGAUUAUACCCAAAUCCAACAGAUUGCACAACAUUCUACGAAUGCAUUCCUUUAGGAGAUGGAUCCUUCAAAGUACACCAGCACAUUUGCCCACCAGGAUUGCAUUUUGACAAAGAGAAUCAAAUUUGCAACUGGCCAGAAUUGGCUGGUUGUGAAGUAGAGGAAAGCCAUUGA